CAGCGAUUCAGCAUUCUGCAUAGUACCGAUUGCUGAGUGAGCGAGUUGCUUAGUGCUGAGGUCGAUUGAUAAAAUCUGUUUAAUGUUUGCGUAUUUAGAAUUUUAUAUUAAAUAUCUCUUUAGUAAAUAAACAUGCAUUCAAAAUGUUAAAAUACGUACAAUCAACAGUGCCAGUAAGACUCUAAGUGUUAUACAAGUAUGGUUUGGGAUUGUUAUUCUGACAGUGUAAGGACAAAGUUAUGCUAAUUUACUCCCCAUGUUACCGGGUUUCACCUAUGUACCUGGCGUAAGAAACAAAAUGUCAGAAGAGAUGGUAAAGUAAGCGGUCGAGAUGGUUCCAUGGGUAGCAUUGUUGCUCCUCGCUCGUGCUUGCUGCCUGCCUGCUCUUGACAUUUCUCAAUGCAUCGCUCCGCUGGGUAUGGAGAGUGGUCUGAUCCCCGACAAAGACAUCACUGCAAGCUCCUCGUUCAACAAUGAUAACGUCGCACCACAGAAUGGAAGAUUAAACCAGGAAAUUAAGAGCGGUGCAUGGUGUCCAAAGUCCCAAAUUACGACGGAGUCAACCGAGUGGUUGGAGAUAAAUCUGCAUUCUGUUCACGUGAUAACGGCGACCGGGACACAAGGGCGAUUUGGUAAUUCUCAAGGAGUGGAGUACGCUGAAGAAUAUUCGUUGGAAUAUUGGCGACCGAAGCUUGGCAAAUGGAUGCGCUAUCGACCAGCCGAUGGACGCGAGAUUCUACCCGGUAACACCAAUACGUAUUUAGAAAAGAAAAAUCACUUAGAACCGCCAAUUUGGGCUUCGAAAAUUCGAUUCAUCCCUUCGAGUUCGCAUCGACGCACUGUUUGCAUGCGAGUGGAGCUUUAUGGGUGUUACUGGAACGUGGGAAUAGUUGCGUAUUCGAUGCCAAAGGGCGACAUACGCAGCAAUGAUGUAGGCCUCACUGACUCGAUUUAUGACGGCCAGUGGGGUGAAGAACUGAAAGGGGGUUUAGGAAAGUUGGUUGACGGACAAUUUGGUGGGGACGAAAUACGGGAAGCCGCCAAGAACUUAGCCUGGGUUGGCUGGAGGAAUGACUCGAGACCCACACCACCAGUGAUUACGUUCGAGUUUGAUAAAGUGAGAGAAUUCAGCGCACUUCAUAUUUUUUGCAAUAACAAAUUCAUGCGGGAUGUACAGGUAUUCUCUGAGGCUAUUAUCUCGUUUUCAAUCGGAGGUCGGCACUUUCAAGACGAACCCAUUCGGUAUGCACCAGUGAGCGACAAUAUAUUUGAGAACUCUCGUAACGUGAGCAUCAAAUUGCACCAUAGAAUCGGCAAGUGGGUUCGCAUCGAGAUGCGAUUCUCGGCUCGGUGGAUACUUAUUAGUGAAGUCGUCUUUGAUUCAGACGUCGCCCAAGGGAAUUACACUCCUGAGAGUUCGAAACCGACUCAAGUCAAAGACAAAACGAAAGCUAUUACAACCAAUAAUGUACCAAUACCCACAGCACAUCAAGACGAUCCACUCUAUAUGGCGAUUGUCGUUGGGGUCCUUACAGCUCUAGUGAUAUUACUCAUUGUCGCGGUGUUUCUCAUAAUACACCGUCAUAGACAUAGAAAAUGCUUCGCGUCGCCUCUAGCCAAAACAACAAUAGCCCAAAAAAGGGCAGCGCCAGAGAAUUAUAACACUUGUGGAUCCUCGAUGUUGCCUGACAAUAAGAUGAUAAUUGAUUGCGGGUUGGAUGUGAAGUCUGAUGAAUAUCAGGAGCCCUAUCAGGCAUUGAAAUGUGCGCCAUAUUUCAGCUAUAGCACAGUGUUGCUAGAGAUGAAAGACUUUGUUAAGGAUUCUAAUACAGCGUUAUCUGACAGUUCGAAUUACGACUACGCGGUACCAGAGCUGUCAUCAGCGCCACUAUUAACAAAGCGUAGAUUGCUUGACGAGUCGUCAGCUGCGACUGCGCUCAUGAGCGAUCACGAAAUUGAUAUGGAGACUAGGCGCUCAUGUGCGGGAUCAUUGCGCUCCAAGCAUAGUAUGAGGUCUCCAAGCCAGCAAGAGGUGCUUAUAGAUUUAAAACGACGUCUUGAGACAACGAAUGUAAUUGAAUUCCCUCGACACCGUCUCCGAAUGAUUUCUAAGCUGGCUGAAGGGGAUUUUGGCACCGUUUAUGUGGCGGAAGCGGACGGCGUUCCAGAAUACAAUGGAACUAUUACUUCGGAUCGUCGCUUGGUUGCUGUCAAGUUUCUCUGCCAUGACGCCUCGCUCAAGGAGAGGUAUAUCAUGGAGGAGUUCGAACGUGAUGUUCGCAUCUUAGCGGCUUUGUCGUCGCCGCACCUCGCAAGAGUAUUGGGCGCCUGCCGUUCGCCACCUUUGGCUGUUGUUCUAGAAUAUCUUGAACUUGGUGAUUUGUGUUCGUUCCUUCGUACGACAGUGCCGCCAUCUCUUGCUACUUUGAUGCACGUCGCAACGCAAAUCGCCGCCGGUAUGCAAUAUCUGGAGUCAUUAAACUUCGUGCACAGGGAUUUGGCUGCUCGUAAUUGCCUAGUCGGUAAAGGAUACCAGGUGAAAAUAAGCGAUUUCGGUACGGAUAAUGAAGUGUACGCGUGUGAUUAUUACAAAGUGGAUGGUAGAAUACCGCUGCCGUUGAGAUGGGCCGCCUGGGAAUCUGUUUUGAGAGGGAAAUAUACGACCAAGAGCGAUGUGUGGGCGUUUGCUGUUACAUUGCACGAAAUAUUUACUUUAUGCCGCCGGAGGCCCUAUGAACAUUUGACUGAAGCUGAGGUGUUAGAAAAUCUAUCCCAUUUACAAGCGGAUGACGACCUCUUCGAAUGCAUUGAUCGCGCUCCCGGCGUUCCUCGGGAUCUUUACGAAGUCAUGAGAGAUUGUUGGAGAAGAGACGAACUGGAAAGACCGACCUUCGCGGAGAUACACCUAAUUCUACAGCGUAAGUGCCUAGCACUGACUACGUGAUGUUACCACAGAUGUCACAGAGAUGUCAUAGAUAACAUUAGGUCGAAUUCGCUUGUAUCCGACUUUUAAGACUGAAACGAUCCAUAGAGAUGUCAAAUGUCAAUAUUAUGCACAGACUAAAUAUUUAUGUUUUGUUUGUUGAAUUAUGUUGAGGACAACUGAGUCAUCCUUUGUAUGGUGUAUUCUGAUAUUCUAAUACGUAAAAAGAAUUAUUGUUUUGCAUAAGUAAUUUAUACCAACUGAAUAUAACCCGACAUUUGUAACCUACUAAGAUUUGUACGAAAAUCGCUCAUUUUCUACAGACAAUAGAAACAUCGUACUUUUUAUUUUGUGAUAUUAGUAAUUUGAGGUGCAAUUCGUUUUAACAAUGUCGACAUUUCAUAUCUUAUGUAAUAUGACACCGUGAGUUUCAUGUGAAAUUUUUCUUAUAGUCGCAGAGAUCUCUUUAAAAAUUAUCCCACCACAUUACGACUAAUAAUACAGUCAUAAUCGGUUAUGAGGGCACCGAAGGGACUACUCAAAUUUGAAAAAUCGAUAGUUUGACAGCCAAUGACGUUGUUAUUGAGAAUUCAAUAGAAUUCCGCCGGGACCUUUGAAAUAUAACCUAUUAGUAUGUUGUUCAAAUGAUGUCGCUGUAAACGGUAUUGACUGUAUUAUCAUUCGUAAUUACGAAACAUAGAUUGAAGACGCACUGGUCUGUACAAAAAUUAAAACUUGUCUAUAGAAAUGGUAGAACCGAUUCCAGAACAUUCUAGAUAAUUCAAUCGGAUGAGAAGUGUUUAUAAGUAGUUCGUUGUCGGCGCAUUCGUUUCUUUAAGAUGUAGUCAAUUAAAACUUAAGUAUUGCGAACCCUACAAAUAUUGAAUUGCAGGUUUUAGGUCGUUUGCGGCAACGAAUUGAUGUUUCUAGAAUUAUAAAAUUUUUCUAUGCGAUGCACAUUUUAUUGGAUCAAAUUGUUAUUGAAAUUUUUUAAUCCAAUUAAAUGUGUGUAAACCGCUUCUAUUUCUUCCUUUUGGAGAGUAUUAGUGUUUAUCAAAUUUCGUUUAAGUAAUCAAGUAGUUUUCAAUUUGGCCUAGAGAAAUAAAUGAUUGUAGAAAUAAUGUAGGCACUUUUGAAGCCACGUUUUUUCAUCGAUUUACUGCCAAUGUUCGCGCACAUAAACGCAUCGUCAUUUUCAGUUCUGCUAUACUUUCUGUAGGAUAUUCUGUAUAUUAUAGGGAUUGGCAUUUUACUAUAUCUCUAUAUAAGGUUUAUGUACUAUGGGACUAUAUACUAUCGAAUGAAACUGCCAACCAAUGUGAUGCUGUAGUGGAAUAAAGCUUCCUAAGUAAUUCAUGAAAUGGCUAAGCCUGGUUAUGUUGCGUUUAAGUCUGGAUAUUUUGAUAGUUUUUAAUUGUCGAUUCAGUUAUGAAAUUGGUAAUUUUUAGUUUUCCUAACUUUUCCUGAUCAUGCGAGAUAACUAUUAAAUGAUAAGCACGCUUGGAUUACGCCACGAUAUAAAUUCCCAACGAUAUUUAUAAGCUGCAUUUAAAAGUAAAUUUAAAAAAAUAUUUCACCUUUUUCCUUUCUUCUUCAAAAUUCAAUACUAAAUUGUAUUAACUAUUUAUAAAAAUGUAUAACUCAUUUAUUAAAGCCCUCUUUAUUUAAAUGUAAUUGUAUCUAAUUGGUCACUUUUAAAUUUCUUUUCAUUAAAUUUCGUCUCUUUCUGUCAACGAUUUUUAAGCUGUGACGAAAAGAGACAGCUAUGUUUAUAGCCAAUAUGCCAAUCCCUACAGUUAAAUAAGUAACGUAGAUGCUUCUUUAACUUAGACGUAGAUUCGGAGAUGACUCAUGACGAACCAUGACUCUCCCCUGAUUAUUUUGACAGAUUUUAUCGUUUAGACGAAUCACUGAAUCUUCGUCUCUAAGAUAAUUUACAAGAGCUUAUAUUUCAGUGUCGUGUGCGUGUUGAAAUAUGAAUUAAAUUGUAAAUCUAACUGCAAAUCGACUUUCACGAGUGAGCUACGUUUAAUAGACAUAAGAAAUCCGAUCUUCCUCCGCCAAUAAUAGGGUAAUAGUCCGCUUUACUCUUUACAAAUGUAUAAUAGUGGUAACCCUACUGUAAGAUUACCUCGAUGUAAAAUGUACUUAAAGCAAUAGAAAAAGUAAGGGUAUAAAAAUACAAAUAAAACAAACGUAUAUAGAAAUGUUUAUUCAUAAUUGAAUGGAAUUAAUUGAUCUGUAUUUGGCUACAGCCUACAUAUCUAUAUAAAAUUGAUAUUAUCAAAUUUAGGCCCCGUUCUGAUGCGAUCUUUGUAGUAACCACUUGCUUUCAACGGCUCUCAAAUCUCAAUCUGCCGGAAACUCGUAAAUCUAUUCGCAAAAUCGCAAUCUAGUUACCAUGUUAUGAUAGUAAUUUAUUUUCAUGUAAUAAUUUAAACCAUAUUUUUAUUAUAUUAGUCACUAGAUAUAGAUUCAGACUAUAAAAAGAUUAGGUAUAAAAUAUUAGAAAGUAUUUAUAUAGUUGACAGUUGUCUAUUUUCCGUAGUUUACCGUGUUAAAGUUAGCGUUGACAAUCUUCGACAAUAUUUUGAGCGAUUAGAUAGGGUGUAACUUUUUAUCGAGAUUAGUAUAAUUACGUUCGCAUAUUUACUGAAUAUAAUAUGUUGUAAGUAGAUAAUCUAAUCACUGGCGAUUGUAUUCGGGCUUUUGGAAAUGAAUAAAGCUUUAUUUAUUUAGCUCAGACUAAACCUUACUACGUUUUUAAAGUACGGAAGUCAGAUCUCUAAAUUCGUUUCUUACGCUUACCUAUAUGGGGCCAUACAAUAAUAUCUGUCUGUGUCUGUCUAUCCCGAGCUGAUCGCUAGAGUGAAGAUUAUGAAUAGAAAUAUCACAUAGGUGUUACGACCGUGGACCGAACGGCUUAAUUUUAAGAGCCUAAUUUAGCAUUUGAAAUUAAUUAUCAUAGAUUUAAGUGAUGUUUGCGAUGUAGAGUUUUCACUAUUUGUACACAGACGGAACCAAUGUACUAGGCUUAGCGAACACUUAAGAGAUCUAAUUAUAUUCUAAGAAAGUAGGAAGACUUAAAUUACGCAUUUACUCGAUCUGGCCUUACUUUCUUGUACUAGCUUAUAGUCUUGUGAUGGGAAUAAAACUCGUUUCUCAUUCCUUAGUGCUAUAUUAUAGUUAUUAUAGUUAAUGUUAGGGCUCUAAUAAUAAUAAUGUACAAUAAACACCCUCUCUGCCUUAGUGAUGCUGUUUUUACCCCUAUGCUAUGAAAUAUCACUUUAGAUUGAAAUUAUUAUGUAUCUUGUAAAUACGAAUUCUAAUGGCUGGUGUAUAAUAAUGAGCACUAUGGAAAACAAAAAAUUCCUAACAAUGGUCCAAACUUCACUCGCUUUUUUAUUUGUACUAUACGAUUAUACAAUUUCUAUAUAGAUAAAUAAUAAUUAGUAUAGUGUUAAUGUCUUAUGCUUUAAUAUUAUUUUAUAAAUGUAAAUCAUGUAUUUGACAAAAUGCUUAAUUUUCAUAAUCGAAUUUUAUGAUGAAAGGUUUAUACCAAAUGCAGUAUUUUUAUUUUAUAUUCUACAUCUUUGUACCCAAAUAAAAGCAAUA